AUGAUUUCACUAUUUGGUGAAACAGAUGAAGAUCUUCUUGCAUUAGAAAUCCUUCUAUUCAAAUUAUGUUCCACUGAAGACGAAUCGAAUUUAUGCUUCAAUCACUUGUACAAAUAUGAACGCAAUCAACGAUGUACAAUAUUAAUGAUUGCUAUACUUAAACAUCGUGCCAAUCUCGUUCGAAUGUUGUUAAAUCUUCGUUACACCAUGAGAUGA